GCUUUUAGCUGCCAGCCCUGGCCCAUCAUGUAGCUGCAGCACAGCCUUCCCUAACGUUGCAACUGGGGGAAAAAAAUCACUUUCCAGACUGUUUUGCAAGGUGUGCAUUUCCAUCUGGAUUCCCUGAAAGUCCAUCUGCUGCAUCGGUCAAGAGAAACUCCACUUGCAUGAAGAUUGCACGCCUGCAGCUUGCAUCUUUGUUGCAAAACUAGCUACAGAAGAGAAGCAAGGCAAAGUCUUUUGUGCUCCCCUCCCCCAUCAAAGGAAAGGGGAAAAUGUCUCAGUCGAAAGUUCCAGACUUCUUUCUAAUACUCUAGCCAAAUGAAAUGGGAGGAAAAGUGAAAGGCAAGAAGCGAAAUCCUGGCCUUAAAAUUCCAAAAGAAGCAUUUGAGCAACCUCAGACUAGUUCCACGCCACCUCGAGACUUAGAUUCCAAGGCUUGUAUUUCUAUUGGAAAUCAGAACUUCGAGGUGAAGGCAGAUGACUUGGAGCCUAUAGUGGAGUUGGGACGAGGGGCGUACGGAGUGGUGGAGAAGAUGCGGCACGUGCCCAGUGGGCAGAUCAUGGCGGUGAAGCGGAUCCGGGCCACGGUCAAUAGCCAGGAGCAGAAACGGCUACUGAUGGAUUUGGAUGUUUCCAUGCGGACAGUGGACUGUCCGUUUACUGUCACCUUCUAUGGCGCACUGUUUCGGGAGGGUGAUGUGUGGAUCUGCAUGGAGCUUAUGGAUACGUCACUAGAUAAAUUCUACAAACAAGUUAUUGAUAAAGGCCAAACAAUUCCAGAGGAUAUCUUAGGGAAGAUAGCCGUUUCUAUUGUAAAAGCCUUAGAACAUUUACAUAGUAAGCUAUCCGUUAUUCAUCGAGAUGUCAAACCCUCUAAUGUGCUCAUUAAUACUGUGGGUCAAGUGAAGAUGUGUGACUUUGGAAUCAGUGGUUACCUGGUGGACUCUGUUGCGAAAACCAUUGACGCAGGUUGCAAACCAUACAUGGCACCUGAAAGAAUAAACCCAGAGCUUAACCAGAAGGGGUACAGUGUGAAGUCGGACAUUUGGAGUCUGGGCAUCACCAUGAUUGAGCUGGCUAUCCUUCGUUUUCCCUACGAUUCCUGGGGGACUCCGUUCCAGCAGCUCAAACAAGUCGUUGAAGAGCCAUCACCACAACUCCCAGCAGACAAGUUCUCCGCAGACUUUGUUGACUUUACCUCACAGUGCUUGAAGAAAAACUCCAAAGAAAGGCCCACGUAUCCAGAGCUUAUGCAACAUUCAUUUUUCACUCUACACGAAUCCAAAGCAACAGAUGUGGCAUCUUUUGUAAAACUGAUUCUUGGAGACUAAAAACCAAUGGACUUAACUGGCUGAGCCUACUGUGGAUUGGUGGGUUUAUGGGGUGAAGUGAGUUCACUACCAGCACCAAUAGAAAGUCAUCUUUGAGAUCGCUGAACCCUGUUUCUUCAAGGGUUGUUUUCUCCCUAUUUUUUUCUUUUUCCUCUCCUAAGGGGGCCUUGGAAUCUCUAGCAUAGAAUGAACUCUCUAGAUGGAUGAAAUAUGAUAAAGGCUUAGGACUUGAAAAGGUGAUUAAAUAUUUAAUGACAUGUCAUAUGAGUCCUUAUGCUUCUCAGAUUUCUGGUGUUCUUUACAGAAUGAGUGCAUUGGCCCUGGCAAAAAGGUGCUACAGUAGUGAUGGAAUUGUAAAGUAGAUUUGUAGUGUAUCCCAGUUAUUUUAAUAUUUAUGUUUCAGCGCUUGGUUGGAAAGAUCCCAUUUUAUGCAAGAAGGGAGAUACAGAAGACAAAGUUGGCAAUAUUUAUAGGGCUUUUAUUUUGUAAGUUCAAUUGUGUCUGUGGUCCAGAAGAAAUUAUUUAAUAUGCAUCUUUAAGACUAUUAUAAAAAAUCUCCAAAAAAGAAAAAGGAGCUCUUCUUGUGAAGUGUAUGUUACAGUUGUGGUUACCACCACAUUCCCAAACUUCGACUCAAUCCUGGACAAUCGCCACAUCUUUAAGUGAAAUGUCAAAGUGUCUUGGUCAUUUUCUUUCUCCAACUUUGAAAAACAUAAAAGUUACUUGUAUCACAGCUCAAAGAGUGAAAAACAGUGGUUCUCUU